AACUCUGUGUUGAUAAGAUCGUUUUACUCUCGCUCAUAUAAUAGUCAUGUCUUCCCACAUAAACCUAGUUGCAACUUUCAAACCGAAACCCGGGAAGUUGGACCGGGUUCUAGAGCUCAUGAAAGAGAUGGCGGACCAUGUCCACAAGUCCGAGCCUGAUACGUUGAGAUACCAUGUCAACGUCGCCGGAGAGCCCGGGUCUGAAGAAAUCAUCAUGCUUGAGACAUAUAAGAGCAAAGAUUCAUUGGAUGCCCAUAUGGCCUCAAAGGAGUAUCAAGAUCUUACGAAGAAGUUUGAGAAUGAGGAAUUGGUGGCGGCUCCUUUCGAGUUGAAGUUCGUGACCCCUGUUGGUGGUUUCGCCUCCAGGCUGUGA